CCUUUGCUCUAACAUUGGUCCUAGAGUGGUUGUCUUUGUGCCACAUACCUCCGUGGUGCGUCCAAUUGGUUUGAAGACUCUUUAAGUAACGCUCUGGAUGUGAACCAGGGAACUCUCAUAUGAGCAUGCCCAUCUGGAUACUCUCAGGGUGCUUUAUUCCAUUUUUCUCCUACAUUCUCUCCAUACUCCAGACACCAGUCUUUUUGUGCUACAUUGCAAAUUUUUGCUUUAACCUUCCAGGUUUUUUUAAAAAAUUAAGUAUUGAAUUUGUAUCCCCCUCCCCUUUUUUUUUAAACAGAGUCCUCAACGUGAUUCAUAAUAUUUGGGGGGAAAUGCAACAUUUUGCUUUUCAGGUUAGGCAAACUGAACCCCUUAAGAACCAAAUAUAAAUAAAAUGUCCUCACAAAUGGCAAACAGGGGGGAGGAGGAAAGUAGAAAGGGUAACUGUAAGUUGAGCCAAGAGCAGGAGCCCUUCCUUCCUCUCCUGGCUCUUUCUGUCGCAGGGUGAUUGGCAGGAGAGCCAUACGUGUUUACUACAAGCUUCUCUGGACUGUGGCCCGUCACUCUGCGUCAUCUGAACCAUGCGCUCUGCACCUACACACUGUGCAUCAGCAGUAGGGCAACUAGAAAAGAGCAUUCUUGUAGGAGAAGUUGUUGUGUCUGCUACAAACCUCAUCUUGCCUCUGCGCCCUUUAGACUUGUCCUAACUGUGAAUGUGUAGAAGGAACCAAAUCCACACGACUGUUCCUGUGCUGAAUCAUAAGGCAUACUGAGGCUUACAGAUACUGUUGCUCAGUUGGUAUUGUCAUGAUGUUUUGGAACAUGGGACCCCAAGGACGUCUCUUCCAGCUUUGCCUGCUGAGUUUCGCCUCUUGUGCAUGGGCUGGCACAGAAACCUUGUCACAGCCUCCCAUCACUGCAGCCUCCUUCGUGCAAGACCUCUUCUUCCGAUAUGGAGAAAACGACAAGCUCACUCUGCAGCAGCUUAAGGCUCUAUUGAACCGCCUUGAUGUGGGAGUUGGGCGGGACAAUGUUAGUCACAUGGAACAGCAUCACAAGAAUCUUUCCUGGUGCUUCAGUUCCUCAGAGCUCUUUGCCACCCACAAUCUGAGUGAAGAAUCUCACCUUGGCCAGCGGGAGUUCCAGGAGUUCUGUCCAACUAUUCUGCAACAGCUGGAGUCAAAGGCCUGCAUGUCAGAGAACCUGGAGAAUGAAGAAAAUGAGCAGACAGAGGAAGGGAAACCCAGCUCUACAGAAGUUUGGGGUUACGGUUUCCUCUGUGUGACCGUAAUUUCCCUCUGCUCCCUGGUCGGAGCAAGUGUGGUACCUUUCAUGAAGAAGACCUUUUACAAGCGGCUGCUCCUCUACUUCAUAGCUCUGGCGAUUGGAACUCUCUACUCCAACGCCCUCUUCCAGCUCAUUCCUGAGGCCUUUGGAUUCAAUCCUCAGGAAGACUAUUAUGUCUCCAAAUCUGCAGUGGUCUUUGGGGGUUUUUACCUGUUCUUUUUCACAGAAAAAGUACUGAAGAUGCUUCUGAAACAGAAAGAUCAGCAGCAUCAUGGUCACAGCCACUACAGCCCUGAGACCCUCCCUUCCAAGAAGGACCAUGAGGAGGGCGUCACUGAGAAACUUCAGAAUGGGGACUUGGAUCACAUGAUCCCUCACAGGAAUAGUGAUCAGGAAUGUAAGACUCCAUCUGUAGAUAAGAUGGUUGGUUCCUUGUCUGUUCAGGACCUCCAGGCUUCUCAGAGCACAUGUUAUUGGCUCAAAGGUGUGCGCUAUUCUGACAUUGGCACUCUGGCCUGGAUGAUCACCCUGAGCGACGGCCUUCACAACUUCAUUGAUGGCUUGGCGAUUGGUGCCUCCUUCACUGUGUCAGUCUUCCAAGGGAUCAGCACCUCGGUGGCUAUUUUUUGUGAAGAAUUUCCUCAUGAGUUAGGGGACUUUGUCAUUCUGCUGAAUGCUGGAAUGACAAUUCAGCAAGCACUCUUCUUCAACUUCAUCUCGGCUUGCUGCUGUUAUAUCGGGCUGGCCUUUGGGAUCCUGGCUGGCAGCCACUUCUCUGCCAACUGGAUCUUUGCUCUAGCUGGUGGGAUGUUUCUCUAUAUUGCGCUGGCUGAUAUGUUCCCAGAGAUGAAUGAAGUCAGCCGAGAAGAUGAAAGAAAUGGCAGUGCUUUGAUUGCUUUUGCCAUCCAGAAUGCAGGCCUGCUGACAGGAUUCACCAUCAUGCUGCUGCUCACCAUGUAUUCUGGAGAGAUCCAGAUUGGGUAAAGAAAUGCUCAUCUGGUUGGGAAGAUCUUUCUCCCUGCAGGUAUAUGGACUGUGUAACCUUGCAAUGUCAAGAAUUACACAAAAAGAUGCUUUUGUUAAAGCUGCUUCAUAAGACUUCUUAUUGACUGACCUGCAGUGACUGCUGAAACUCCUUGCGGUGGGAUUAAGUGACCUAAGGAUCAUUUUCUAGUACAGCAGCCCCUUCUUCUUUCUCCUUUACACCCCUUCAGGUGCUUUUUAAAGGCCCCAUCCACAGGAGUUUAAAUUCUUACAUCCUUUUGGGGCGGACAGUGUACUACAAUGAACAAAACUCUUUCUGCUCCAGCAGGUAUGCCAGUGGAUCUGAAUGCCAGAGAGCUCAUCUCCCUCUCUCUCUGUCCCCUCCCCCCAUCUGUUCACAGGCAAUGUGAAUUGCUGAAGAGAAUAAUAUUAGUUCCCAGGACUAUUUAAUGUGCCCUGAUUGAAAAGGUUUACUGGGCAGUUUAAUUCAAAAUGCCUGCUUAAAAGAGACAUUUCCUCCUGCAAGGGAGAAAAGUUGAGUGCCUCUUCUACAAGGGUGGGUAUUUGCUGCAACACAUUAGGUGCGUAAUCCCUCCCCAGUACUUCCUUUAAAACUAAUUUUGUUCAGAUGAUGGCACUAGCUAAAAACCCUUCAGGUCCAAAAGGAAACGAAUGACUGGUCCUUUCUCCCCCACCCCCUACCACCAUUACAAGAUCUUUUAAGAGGUAAGCUUAUUCUUUGGAAGCUGCAGCAAAAUCUGCCUUCCUCUUAAUUUCUUUUGUCUUCCUUCAAAAGAUUCACGUAUGUGCUGGUCCCUUGAGCAUCUUCCUUAGGGUGAAUCUGACCGAUGGAGUGUCUUCUAAUCUCUGGCAAAGCCUGAGUUAUAUUAAGCAGUUCACUUGCACACUCUCGGGCUUCUGCAUCAGCCUGAGCACUCUAUGAAAGCUAAGCCCAAAUUGGGGGACCAGGUAGACUUGUCUUAAGGAGCUUUACUCCAGGACCAGACUUCCCAGAGUCACUAGGUGAACUGAUGUGUUAUUAUCAUAUUGAUAAUAUUGAGCUCUUCAGCUUUGGUCUCUAGCAAAUCUUCCAGCUUGCAUAAUCAGCUUGUGUGUGUUGCUUAAUCAAUGGGAAGCUGCAGUUCCUUAGCAAAGAACGGACUUUCCAAAUUCUUGCUGUUUUUUCUCCCUCAUCUCAAUUUGUGUGUGUUUGAAUUGCUCUGUUCUGUUGUAUAAGGGAAUAAAUCCAAUUUGGCUUGUGGUGCAAGAAAAAGUGGGACCACUCCAUUAUAUUUUCCUAUUAUGGAGAUCCUGACUAGGAGCUGGAUUCCACUCCUCCAAAGCUGGCCCAACAUAUAUUCAACUCCCAACAAAGCUGGCCUGAGGCUGGAUGUCCAAAUGGCACCUCCCUACAUCUUUCUUCCCCUUCUUGGAUCUUCCAAGAAGUUGUUCUGUACAAAUAAUUGAAGUGAAUGGGACCCUUAAUUUCUAACACUCAGUAUAAGCUGCUCUCCUGCCGCCAUCAGUCACAGGAAGCUGAAGGACCGUUUUAUAUAUACUAGCAUGGGAUGCAACAUGAUUCCCCUGGUGUGGACCAGGUGGUAACAAAUUACUUGCCUCCCAAAUAAGAUACUAGUUGGCUAGAAAAUAGCAAGCAUUCCCUUCAUCUAUGUAGGGCUUCGGUGUGAUUCAUGGGUAGAGCUUGACUUGUGAGUAGAGCAAUUUUGGGUAGGGUUUACAUUUCUUUUUAAAAAUUAUUAUAAAAUACAGUAUAUUUUACAGUAAAAGAAAAAGAUUUUACAAAAAAGUGCUUAUCUUUUAGAGCAUCCAACCAUACUUGUAAGAAUUUGUUUCUAAGCAAUAAAUUAAUGGGUUCCAUAUUGAUUCAAUAUCCUUUAAACUUUCACCUCUUUGUGAAGAAGAGGUUACUUUAAUCAUUACAUAUAUAUUCCUUUGAUUUUUUUUCUAUCCAUAGAUAGAUACAGCUUUGGAAAAGGGUCUUGUUUCCAAAAGCUAGCAAACACAAUGCAAGCAGCUGUGAUUAAGUUUUGGAUGACAUCUUGAAAAUAACCUGGAACCACUGAAAUGUAAUUCAGUAACAACAUUUCUGGUCUUCAUGAUAUAUCUAGCCCCAGACCUUGUUUCAUCUUAUCAUUAUUUCCUAGUAUUUUUUUUUCUUGUGGACACUGCCACCGCAUAUGAAUAAAAUCUGCAUUCAAAAUGUUGGCACCAGCAUUGGCCAGCUGAGGAUUUGUAUAUUUUAGCAAAAAUAAAAUAAUCUUGGUAUAAGGUAAGAGUUGAUAUUUCUGACUUGCAAGAGGAAAUCUUAUUAUGAGAGGUUGCUGGGGGCCUUCCAGCUUAGCAAAUUGAGCCAUGUUUUUUCAGAAGGUUGCUUCUUAAUCCUUGCUUUAAAGUUUUCAGAGAGAUGGCAUAAAUUCUUCAUGGCACCUGGGUUUAAAUCCCAGAUAAUUGGAGCUUGGGGGAAAUGAUACUGACACUAGAAAGGCCCAGAUCCAGUGCUGACCCUCCCCCUGCAAUUUAAUAUUAUUUAUAUUCAAAGAAUAAUGUAUUUACAGUCCUCUGGAAAAAAAAUGUAAUUCUAGCUGCUGGUGAUUAGCUCUGUUUAGACACCUCCACAGAUACCAUAGAAAAAGAGAACUUUGAGCAUGCUUAGGGAGUUAGGGUGCAGGGCAGAAAGCACAAAGAGAGCCUUUGUUGUGACAUCUCUUCUUUUUAAUAUUGGGGCAGAAAUUGGAACAGACUAGUAGGCUACCUGGAAAAAUGCUGCAGCACCACUGGAGGCCCCCCUGUAGUGUAGAUCAUCCAUUAGUUUCUACCAACACAUUUGGCCCUGAUACAGUUGUUUUAAGGGUCGUGAUAUACAUACAAUAGGAAUUGUAAUGCUUACUACUCUGUGACCCUAGUAGCUAUUUUGAAUAAAGAGGCUUGAAAUAGAACUUGAUGAGGUUUUCGCAUGCUCAGUUAAUCAUAAUGUCUUGAACCAACCUAUCUUAAAAGCCAUUAACUCCAUUUUGAUAAAUUACCAGUGUUGCCACAUGGUCUUUUUAAAGGCACCUUAUUUAUGUUUGUUCUAGAAGGAAAUUAUCUUGUCUUGUUUAUCAUCUUUCUGGUUUGUCGUAUCUCUGUGUUUCUCCACCUCAAUUGGAACUCUAAUUCAGACAUUCUAGUGGAGUUGUUCCCUGUCUCUGGCACACAGUCAUGCUAAAAUUAAGUGAAUCCUUUUUUGUGGAAAUAUCAGAAGUGAAUAGCUUGUUAACAAACAUAGACUGUCCUUUGGGUGAAGUUGACUAAAUAUGGGCUUAGGAUCCCAUUGAAAAUCUCCACUGUUGGAAGGAUUUCCUUCAGUUGAGUAUGACCUUAUCUGCCUGCCUCCUCCUGCUGCAGCCCAAAACACCUUCUAAAAUGUUGCUCCUGAGGGACAAAGGAUGUCUAGGGACUGCAGGGCUGCUGCAGGAAAGGGGAUUGGCAAAAUUAUUGUUGAUGUUUUCCACAGUGAAUACACUUGGUAGCACCCAGCUCAUGAUUUAGUCAUACGUGUCUUGGUUGGUUGGUUUUAAUCCUGGAAUUAACCUUUUAAAACUAAAACAAACUUCCCAUUGCAAUAGUGGGGAGGUACAUCUCCAAACCUUUUAAAUAGCUGUUAGCUCCUUGAAUUAUUGACUGCCAAGUUAGUAUUUUUGUUUAUUUCUAAAACUGGGUAGCUACAACAUACACAUCCUUAUUCAAAGCUGUUUCUAGCUGUUUACUACAAUUGUUUACAUUGUUUGAGUGCCCUUUUGGUGCGGAGCUGAGUUUAUUAGUUCAUAGAACGGUAUAGAGAAAGUAUAUCAAUAGGGACUCUAUAUGGAAGUAACUAUGAAAUUUGUAUCUAUAGGACUGCAGUCUUAAUCUGCAUGCCACUUUGGAAGCUAAGAAGGCUGCAGUCUUUUCUCUUUAAAGGAGGCAGGACAUACCACCUCUUGCUUGUACCAGAAUUGUUAUCCUUUGAUGAAAGGGGAAAAACCAAAACUGACCAAACAAUGUGCAGCUCUGUACUUUGAUUGCAUUUCUUUUAAUACGUCUGAUUUUAAAAGGUUGAUUCUCCCCACCCCAUUUCAGUAUUUGAAUAACUCAGGUGUUGAAAGAACUUGUUGAGACAAAGAACAUAACUUAUGUCAUGUGACCUUGUAAAGUUAUUUGUAAAAUUCCAUAAAUAAACUAUAUUCUGUAAUGACAA